CGGUAUACAUUGUUUAACAGUGUAGUGGUGUAGUUUUGCUGAGGUUAGUGGUUUACUAAUUCUAAUAUUGCUAUACCUAAAUAUUUGUUGUCACAUAUUCCUUUCUUUAUUUCUAACAGGCACAAAAAUAUGAACUAUCUAAGUAACUAACUAAGUACCUUUUUUUGUCCCAAUCAGUUGUUUUAUAUCAUCAAAUGUUUCUAGUAGUAACUUUAUAUCUGACAACAGCUGUAGUGUUCAUGUUACUAUGGUAACCUUGGGUGUCAAUGUGGUAAAUGAAGCUGAGUGUGUUGUAGUGUGAGGCAACAGUUAGAGUGAGUUCAUGGCUCAGGCUGGACACAUUGUUUUAGCUGAACUCAAUAAAUCAGAGGCUUGAGACAUGGACAACUGUGAUUUGGAGAAGCUCUCUGUUUCUGGCGGGAAGCUCCAUCCGGCGUUCACACCAGAAGUCACAGACUACAAAGUGUCGGUGGAGAGCAGUGUCAACAAAGUGACUCUGGACAUGGUUACCAGUGACUCUGGCGCUUCAUACAGAAUUCUCUUUGGUGACGGUUCCAGCUCCAUUAAACUGAAAGAUGGGUUGAACAGAGUGGAAAUCGAAGUCGUGGCUGAGGAUGGCACCACAAAGAAUUACAGCGUGGAAAUCAGUAAACUGUCAGCAAAGAUCGCAGAGCUCAGUGAUCUGGCUUUAGAAGGAGAUAUUCCACUGUACCCUGCAUUUUGCAACAAAGUCUAUGAAUACAACAGCACCGUUCCCUUUUAUUGUGAUGCAGUGACUCUGCUUCUCAAGGUGCCAGAUAGGAACAUAAAAGUUUCAGUGAACGGCGCGAGCAGCUCACAGCCCGUCCCUCUGAACGUUGGAGACACUACUGUAGAGGCGUCAGUCCGUUCAGCAGAUGGCAGUAUUUCACAGGUGUACACGGUGUUUGUGACUCGAGAGGUGAUUCCCAUGCCUGUGACCUUCACUGAUGGGAAGCAGCAGCUGGAAAGUGAAUGUCCAGUCUCCCUGAGUGCUUUUUACAGGCCCGUGUCCAUCAACCACAGUGAUCCAAAGAGCAUCUUUUCAAGGCCCUAUAUUGAGAUGCUCGCACGAAGGUCAAAAGUGGACCCUCUCACUGAUUGCCCCCUGGGAGACGGCUGGAAGGUGGUCGAACUGGACCUUGACGGGAGGAUGUCGGCCGCUCUAGUCAAGUGUUUCUUUUCUUACCGAGGAUGUGACAGCGUGAUGAAGCUGUCUGAGCUGGGGUCACACUCUUUGGACUGUCCACACAAGCCCACGGGGGACCUGGAUGCAAAGGAUGUAACAGAGACAGACUGGUAUAAGAAGAAUUUUGAAUCAUCCACGUGUUUGGAGAUGGAGACCAAACACACAUGUGAGAUGCGUAAGUGGGAGGAACGAAUGCAAAUGAUAGCGGGAGAAGACAAUGUGGAUAAGCUUUGUGCUUUGGCCCAAGACCACCUGAAACUCUACAGACAACACCUGCCAAAACCAGGAGACCAGUUGGAGUAUGAGGAUGACCAGUCUCCUCUGCAUAGCCUGGAGCAGGCUGCGGUCCUCUACGCAUCCGCCAUCAGACUCAGUUCCAGAGAUUCCAGGCUUCACCUCCAGCUGGGUCUGGUCCUGGAGGAGCAGCACUACGCUACGGAGAUGUUCGGCCUUCAGAGGAAGGCUGACAAGAACAAAGACGAAUUAAGCGAUGCGAAGUCAGCGUCACAUCAGGACGACAUCCUGGCUGUGUGUAAACUACACGGUUUCCUUGGUACGCCCACAGUGGAGAACCAGCUGCAGGCCCUGGACAAAGAGUAUCAUCUGCUUAAAGAUCAAGGACAGUCCAACAAGGCCGACUAUGUUCAGACACUUUACAUCUGGCUCUCAAAGAAAACUGGCAAGGAUAGCAACGCAGCCUUGAGAGACGAGGAGAGCAGUGUCCACCGAGCGCUCAUGAAGUACCUGGACGCCUGGUCUCUGAGUCCAGACAGCUGGGAGCACAGCCUCCAUGUAGGUAGGCUGCUGCUGCUACAGGGGAGGAGCAGGGAAGCUCUGCAGCACCUUCAGAGCGGCCUGGCACUACGUCCCCUACAUCCCGCACUCAGAUUCUUCACUGGACUGGCUCUUCUGCAGCAGGAGCAGAAAGCCUCAGAGGACACGGAGAAGGAGGCCGCUCUCUUUUUACAACAAGGGCUCGAACACUUUGUCAGCCAGUGCUGCAGCAAGAGCUGGGUGGAGCAGGGUCCAUCAGACCCUCUGUCCAGCUUCAAUACACAGUUCCUGCGAGGCCUUCUCACUCUGGGUCAGCUGCAGCAGAGAGACACACUGUCUGUAAAGGCCAUGAGCGCUGAACAAGUCUAUCACAUAGUAGCGGUGCUGACUGCCCAGAGAGUGAGUCAGUGUGUGUGUCGUGGGGAGGCGAUCAGGCAGCUGGAGUGGGUGCUGCUGGAUGCUCACUUUGCCCUGCUGCAGAGGCUGAUCCAGCAGGGUGAACACCAGGCUAAGACGGGCACAGAGCGGCAGUACCUGGUAGCGAAGAGGUGCCAGGCCCUCACAGCUCUCUUACGGCUCACCUCCAUCGCCCCCUGUCAGGAGUUGCUGGGCAUGCAGGAAAGAACAUGCCAUAUAGCUGUAGCGACCACACCACGGGACAGCCACGCCCUGUGCCGCUUGGGCCUGGCCCAGCUGGCUCAGUAUGACAGCAACCCCAACUCAGACAGGUCAAAGGAAGCCUUAAGCAAUGCCUGCCUCAGCUUCCAGGCCAGCAUUGAGCUGGAAAACAAGAGUCGGAGCGGAGAGCCACCUAAACAGCUGAGCAAACAAAAGUGGUGGCAGGACUGGCUGCAGGCGAAAAACGAGAAAGCUGACAGGCAGUCCAUCGCCCAGCCGGCUGGAGUGAAGGGGCCUUCUGAUACCAGUGUGGCAAAAAGAGGAGCUAGGCAGGGCAGGGGAGGGCUUAGUCAGGGACGGACGGCAGUAGCUGUAACUAAAGCUCCAGCUCUAGCUCCAGCCCCCAACAGGGGAGGCAAAGCUGCCCGGACUCCAGCCAAAACCCCUGCAGCCAGGGGGAGAGCUGGAGCAGUUGCCAAGCCAGACAGAUCUGCUAAACCUUCCAGCAACAGUACUAAACCCCAACACCCCUCCGACAAGUCCAAACAAGACUGCUGCCCUGAUACUGCUGAGGCAGCUGAGGCUGUUGUUUCAGAGCCUGCAGCGGUGGACGGUGCCAGUGAAUCCGGUCCACUGAACCGCAAAUCUCAUGUAUCACGACUGGGCUUGGCCCGAGCUCUCUCACGCUGCACAGACACCCAGGACCAGGCGAAGCAGCUCUACCAAGAGGUCAUCGCCGUGUCACCAGGGAUUCAUGAUGCCUACACUGAGCUAGUGCAGCUGCUGGAACCAUCCGAUCCUCAGGCUGCAGUGGACGUGUACUGCAGAUUCCCCCUGAAGCCUGUGGCAGAGCAAAGUUUUGACGACGCAUUCAUCACAGGAGAGAUCGUUCGCAUGCUGAUGUCACAGGAGCAGUAUGACCACCCGCAGCUGGGGCCCAACCUCGUAGCAUACGGCAAAGUCAUGGGCCUAAGUUGCAUAGAGAAAUACAUUGACAUAUUGGAUGGAAAGUCCAUGACCACACUGCUUAAGAGUGUGUACGCGAGGAUCCAUGAGAGACAGGAGGACGAUCCGGAGCUCCAGGACUUCUUCAGGUUCAAAUGCUGGAUAUGACGUUUGUAACAAUGCCCGAUUUCUUUUUAGGAGUCAGUGUUUUGUCUUGAGCUGGUAGUCAGUGUGUUCAUAAAAACUUAUUUCUUUUGACUUUACUAUUCCUGAUGUCAUAUUCUGCAAAGGUGAAUGUUUAAUUUGAAAACAGAGUUCUCAAUAAAAAUGUCACAUCAAAA